AUGACGCAGACACUUGUCCUAUAUGAUAUCGUCUCCAACCUACCAGGCAUUAGCUGGUCGCCCAACCCCGCAAAGCCAAGGUUCGUUUUGAGCUACAAGGGUCUUCCGUUCGUGACUGUCUGGGUCGAAUACGCAGACAUCUCGAUCGCUAUGCAGGCCAUCGGUGCAAAGCCAGACAAACGUUUAGACGGCACGGAUGUUUACCCCAUCCCGGUCCUCAGCGACCCUAACACCGGUGCCCUCAUCACCGACUCCCUCGAAAUCGCCUCCUACCUCGAGAAGACAUAUCCCGAGAAGCCUAUUUUUCCUAACAACUCGGAAUCUGCGAUACGCGAGUUCAACUCUGCCCACUUGGACCAAAUCAUCACGCCUUCUAUCAAGUCUAUCUGGGUACGCUCCACGGAAAUCAUGAGUCUCGCCAGUGUGAAGUUCUUCACCAAAGCUCGUUCCAUUGACAUCGCGCUGCCUUGGGAUGAGAGUUACGAUGAAGACUGGGCCCUGCUAGAGAAGGGGUACAAGAAUACUGUUUACGAUUGGUACCAGAAGACAGACGGGAAGUGGUUCAUGGGUGACACUUUUUCCUAUGCAGACAUCGUCGUGGCUUGUUACUUGCUGUGGUUCAAACGAGUUCUGAAGGAAGAUGAGUGGGCCAGGAUCAGUUCCUGGAAUGGAGGGAAAUGGGCCCAACUUCUUGCAGAUGUUGAGAAGAAAUGCAAAUUGGCGUAG